GCCUGGUACCCUCUCUGACUGCCCUCUUCUUCUCCCUCAUCAGGCUUGUUCCAGGCGUGAAGGCCUACGUGGAAGAGCAGCAGGCGAAGGCCAGGGCGCAGAUAGCCGGGAGCGGCAGCAAGGAGCGUUCGCAGUGGCGGAAGAGGCUGCCAGACGUGGGCGCGGAGGCGGACGAGGUGCUGGGGGAGAUGCGCGCACUGAGGAACAAGGACAAGGCGUGGCAGGGGCGGUGCUCUGGGACCGUUUAUGUGGGCGGAGAGUCAUAUGAGAAGCACAUGAAGCUCAUAUCAGAUGCGUACACCAUGUUUCAGCACACCAACCCCUUGCAUCCAGACGUCUUCCCCAGCAUCACUCGCUUCGAGGCGGAGGUGGUUGCUAUGACCGCUGCCCUGCUGGGGGGGGGCGAUGGGGGGAGGAGUGAUGGCAGGGCGGAGCAGGCGGGGGCGGGGGAUGCGGGGGGGAAGGGGGGGAAGGGGGUUAAAGACGGAGCGAAUGGGGGGGAGAAGGGAGGGGUGGGGAGGGAGGUGUGUGGGAACAUGACGAGUGGGGGGUCGGAGAGUAUCCUGAUGGCUGUGAAGGCUGCUAGGGAUUACAUGCGCGCCAAGAAGGGCAUCACUCGCCCUGAGAUGCACCACCCUCCCCCACACUCCCCACACAGGAUAGUACCCGUGUCAGCGCAUGCAGCGUAUGACAAGGCAGCGGAGUAUUUCCAUGUGCACCUGCUGCGAGCACCUGUGGCAGACGACUGGUGUGUGGAGGUGGAUGCAGUGCGGCGCCUCUGCUCCCGCAACACCGUGCUGAUAGUGGCAUCAGCGCCUGGCUUUCCACAUGGCAUCAUCGACCCCAUUCCGGAGCUGGGCGAGAUAGCAGUGCGCUGGGGCACGUGUCUGCAUGUGGACUGCUGCCUCGGAGGCUUCGUGCUGCCCUUUGCCAAGAAGCUCGGCUACCCCCUCCCCCCGUUUGACUUCUCGGUCCCCGGAGUGACGUCCAUAUCAGUGGACUGUCACAAGUACGGCCUCGCUCCCAAGGGCACGUCCGUGGUGCUGUAUCGGAACAGGGAGAUCAGGAAGCAUCAAUUCUGCGCUGUCACGGAGUGGAGUGGCGGACUGUACGUGUCUCCCACUGUCUCUGGCAGUCGCUCAGGGGCUCUCAUUGCUGGCGCCUGGGCAGCCAUGAGAGGCAUUGGCAUGCAGGGAUACAUGGACAUCACAAAACGGCUAAUGGAGGCAUCAAAGGCAAUCGUGGCAGGGGUAUCGCGCAUAAAGGGACUGAAUGUGGUGGGGGAGCCGGACAUGACGGUCAUAGCAAUGGCAUCGGAUCAGCUUGACAUAUAUCGGAUCAAUGAUGCUAUGUCACACAGGGGAUGGGCCCUCUCCGCCCUGCACAAACCAGCCAGCAUUCACCUGUGUGUGACGCUGCAGCACGUGGGUGUGGUGGAUACCUUCCUGGCAGACCUGCAGGCUGCUGUGGAUGAGGUGCGCUCAUCACCCUCUCCCUCAUCGCAAGGCAUGGCUCCUAUAUAUGGUGCUGGUAACCGCAUGCCGGAUAGAGGAGCUGUCAAGGAAUUGCUGUUGGACUAUAUGGACUCGCUCACAUGA